AUGCUGCUGUUCGCUUCGCCGGUCCCGCAGCUUGCUGCCAGAGCCGCCCCUGCUCCACUGUCUGAAUCGUCACCUCAGGCCUAUGCCAGAGUGAGUGCUCAUGCUUCAGACGAAUUGCAGCGAACAAGGCGGAGCAGCCAUGUAUGGAUGGCCCCGCUUGCUGCCUCUGUGGCCUGUGCAGUUCGCGCAGGACGCAGGCGGGUGGCUAGAAGAAGGUCAGUGGUUUUGCGAAGAGCCGCCACAGCCGACUCUAUGGCCACCUUGAUGGCUAGAGCCUGUCCGGACUUGGCCGCGGUGGCUGAGGUUGGAGAAAGCAGGGCCGGCGAGGGACUUGGACUGUUUGCAACCAGGUCGUUCAGCGAGGGCGACGAAAUCUGUGCGCUCCGCUUAGACAAGGCGGCGAUCAUGCAGGUAGACCAGGCAUUGUCUGACAAGCUUGAAGGAGGAGACUUCGCGGCACUGGCCUUCCAGGUGCUGAAGGCAUCUCGUUCGGAGAAGUUGCUCCGGGAUGACUUUGCCGUGGCAGUGGCAAGGGCAUGUUUCGAAGCCUGGAUGAUGUCCACAAGCCGCCGCACCCACGGCGGCGACGCCCAGUGCUCAAGACUGGAGGCGGAAGUUGCUGAGCUGCGGUCGGAGCUGGCUGAGUCACAGCAGUACCGGACCUUCAGCCAAGCGAAGAUAAAGCGGCUGGAGCAGCAGCUGACAGAGCAGGAGUGGUGGCGGUUCUGCAGCAAUGUAGACAACUGCAGCGACUCCACAGGGCCCCCGUUCUCACAUUCCGGCAGCCCCGUGGAUCAGCGACUGCCCGACUGGCAACGAGCCUUAGACCGGGCACUCCUGGAGAGGGAUCAGGCGAGGCUGGAGCGCGAAGAGAUGCGACUUGAGCUGGCAGCGCUGCAGGUGCUCUGCCAGGCCAGAGAUGUGGCCGCACCUGGACCGGAGGGCCAAAGCACUCGGCCCGCCUCGCCUGCCAAGCGGGCGCUCGCAGUCCGUGCGGAGCUCGCGGCGGCCGCCAGGCAGCUGGAGGACUGCGUCGCAGUUUUGGGCGGGCAUUCAGCGGGUCUGUCGUCUCCAAGCAAGAGCCCGACCCACUCCUGCAAGUCGACAUGGCUGUUGCCCAUGUCCCACACAGACUCCAGACCUAAAGCCUGCACCUCAAAUGCCGCUUCAGUACAGAGGUCGUCACCCAAGACGGGUGCUGUGCUCCAAGAAGCUUCCAGUCCGUUUUUUGCUGCCGUCCAGAAUCUGCUUGACUUUGAGCAGCUGCGGAGCGGGACCUCGCCUCCAGAGCGCUCGGAAGCGAUUCAGCCGAGUGCUUGGAAGGACUGGAUCAACAGCGGGGUGAGCGCUCCUGACACCCACCCGCUGAAAUUGCUGCUGACAGAUCCACAGCUGGCGAAGUAUCUCUGGAGUUGCACGACUUGCGGUGGCCAGAUGUCCGGCACGGCUCUGCAGGUUAGAGACGACAUGGAGCAGCUGCAGGGAAGCACGACCCUUGAGGAGUGGACGGAUUCCCUAGCAUUGACCAUGUCGAGAUCUCUUUGCGAAGAUCGUGACGGAAGGCCUCUCUUGGUCCUCGGCGUUGAUCUUCUGCAGGCGGCAGAAGAGCCGGUGGUGCAGCUGAAGCCUUACUAUGCUAAGGAGGGUGCUGUCAUGGGUCUCGGUGGCUCUGGGCCCGAGCGAUUCAUGGGCAUCAACGUUGUGGCCAUCGAGGACAUUGAGGUUGGAACGGAGCUGACGGCAGCCUACUUGCCACAGCCACAUGGCGGAGGCUUCCUGGAGCGCUUCGGCUUCGUGCCCCAGUGGCUGCAGGGUGAGCUGGCCGAGUCUGCGGCGCGGCUGUGCUUUGCGCCAGUGGACGAUGAUGAGGACGACUUCGGCGGCGUCAAGGAGAGCUGCCUCGAGGAUUUGGGGCUUACGACAGCUCCCAUGUCCUUUGUCUUCAGCUUGAGCGAAGGAAUCCUGUCGCCACGAGAGUCGGAGGAUUGGGAUUCCAAAUCCGAGCUUGAGAAGAUGGUCCACUUGCUCCGCUUUAAGUGCUGCAGUGGUACGGACUCCUUUCUACUGGAUGCUGUCUAUGUGAACCGCUUCUGGUACAACUGCAACUUUCGCAUCUCCCGGAACAACGAGAUCGAUGUCUGCCAAACCGCCAUCGACGAGUGCAAUCGGUGGUUGAAGCGGUUUGACGUGGCGGAGGCCAUUUGCGACACUUUCCAGGCAAAGUGCAACAGCGGAGGACCCAGUGUCACCGUCGGAGCCAGUGUCACCGUCGAGAAGAGGUAUAUCGAAGAAGAAUGCCAGGUGGCUCGGGAAGUCAAGAAGCCACGCAAUGUCGCAGCAUUUGCGGUCUUUGGGGCAUGUGUUGCCGGAGCGGCGUGGCAUCAGGUACAAGAACGCCGACGAACAACAGACCUCAUUGCAGCCUUCGAUGUCGGACAAGAUCAGCACCUUUCCUCGAAGGAGCUGGCCUCGCUUCUGCAAGCAAACGGGGUGGACGUCGGCCAGGACCAAGUAAUGCGACUGUUUGGUCGAGUGGACGACGAAGGCGACGGCUUUGACGGGGUGGAGCUGACACAGAUUCUUCGAAUCGUUUCGGGCCUGCCUGCCGUCUCCCAGAGGAUUCACGAGGCGGCGGCAUCCGGAUACAGUUGGCUUUUCGAUCUAUUUCUCUGUGCAGUUGCUGGUACGGGUCUGUACUACAUGCUCGGUCAGUCAACCGCCAUGGAGAAGCGCUGGCUUCAAAGCUCUUUCCGGGGCGCUAUCCAAUUCCACCGCAUGGAAAGCAAAUGCCAGAAGCUGGAUGGCCAGCUGUCCUCACUGGAGAAAGAGCGUACCAGAUUGGAGAACAGCCUACAGGAGCUUGGGACUGCAAGCGACAAAACCGAGGAGCGUGUGCGCCUUUCCUCGCGUCUAGACGUGGUCAUGCAGAAGCAGAAGGUGACCACGGACCAGCUUCAGACAGAAGUGCAUCAGUGGCAAGAAGCCGCAAAGGAGGCUAUGAAGCAAACCAACAACGUCAAGUCGAAAAUGGCCAGCAUGAUGAACUGCAUCAAAGGCCUUGAGGCUUUCAGUGGGAGCGGAAGGAUGCGGUUUGACAAGGAUGGUGCUCAGCAAGGCUUCUGCCAGACCUCCAGUGUGGGUUUUAGUCUCGACACGAUUACUUUCGGGACCAUCGAUAAUGGCAAGCUGCUCCUCUUUGAAACAUCCAAGAACCAAAAGAUCGGAGAAGGACGUGAUUCUGCUUACCGAUGUAAAGAGCUGGAGACCGGAGAAGAGUUCGCUUUGAAGAUGUACACUAUGGGCAAUCUCAGACAAAGGCGUUCCAUUCUCCAUGACCUUUAUGCACAUCGUCUGCAGGUCGGCAAGCAUCCGCGGAUUGUGAGCUACGAGCGCGUGAUCGAGUCAGAGACCACUAUCUUCGUGCUGAUGGAGCUCCUCGCAGGCAAAGACCUCUUCGACAUUAUAUGUGCGCAGAAGUUGACAGAAGACCAAGCACGCCCUCUGUUUCGGGACCUUGUGCAAGGACUUCAGCAUUUGCACGCCCACGACGUCAUACACUGUGACGUCAAACCCGAGAAUGCCAUGGUUCUUGGCAACAUCGAGGAAGGGACCGCCCACCUGAAGUUGAUCGACUUUGGCUGUUCCUGCUUCCGGGAGUUCGUGCACGAAGAGUCGGAGACGAGGGCAUGCAUAGUGCAAGACCGCUACAUGCCGCCAGAGCUCGGCAGUGCCAAGAACGUAUUCCCCACCUUUGCAACAGACAUGUGGCGUGUUGGUUGUACGCUCUACUUGAUGCUGAUGCAGUGCCCGCCCUUCCACGAUGAUUCCCAGACGCAGGCGGGCAUCCAAGCUCGCCAACAAGGUCGCUUCUACAAGCCUGCCGGAUUUUCAGCGCUUUCGACCGAAGCGCAGGUGUCAACCUCAGAUUACAUCUCCGUUAGUCGUUAG